UCACUCUACAACAAAAUGGCCGAUUUGUGGGACGAAUACGAUCACCCCGACGAUCAAAUAACUUACGUAGUGGAAAGUUUGAGGUCAAGCGGGGUUGAAAAGUCGAUUACGCACGAAUAUUUGGGUUGUAAUUGUGAAGAUAAAUGUAUCCCGGAGACUUGUUCGUGUUUACUACGAAGUGGGGGUCACUAUUCGUACGAAGACAAAUCGCAACUUCAAAACUACAGUUUAGUUAUCACCGACAAGAAUAAACCCGUUUAUGAGUGCAGCCCCAAUUGCAAGUGCGAACCAUCGAGGUGUGGUAACAGAUUGGUCAGUUUUGGGCCACGAAGCAACCUAAAAAUUGUAACAACACCCAAAGGGUUGGGUUUAAGUACGGAGAGAGACAUCGAGACUGGCAAUUUCAUAUGUGAGUAUGCAGGUGAAGUGAUAACGCGCGAUGACGCUCACAAACGGUUCAAAAAAUAUCAAGAAAUGAACUUCAACCACAACUAUAUUUUCUGCAUUAAUGAGAAUUUCGGCGAUAGAAAUAUUAAAACUUUUGUCGAUCCGACGUUCUACGGGAACAUUGGGCGCUAUAUUAAUCACAGUUGUGACCCAAAUUGUCUACUAGUCCCGGUGAGAGUCGAAGAUGAAGUGCCCAAACUAUGUAUCUUCGCGAAGGAAAAAAUUGAGGUGAUGAACGAACUCACGUUCGACUAUGGCGAAGGUGAUGGUAACAUCUCUGAGAAAAAAAAGUGCCUGUGUAUGUCCCACAAGUGCAGGAAAUAUUUGCCCUUUGAUGGUACCAUUUAAUACUUACUGAAGA